AUGGCGGAUGUUGAUGAAAGAUGGACGACGUUGUUGGAGAAUCCAGAAGAAGGAGGAGAACGGUUGCAGAAAGUGCUAAACGAGAGCGCAGCCAAAUUCGAGCGUCUUGAGGGGAAAUGGAAAGCGAUGAGAGACGAGAAAAUGGGAAAACUUCAAGAGUUGAAAGAGAAAUAUUCAUCUGCACUUGAAAUUGAAAAUCUUCGGGAAAAAGCUCAAACAGUGAGGGGAAAGCGAAAAGCGCUUAUCGAGGAGAUGCAAGGGAAGGAGCAAUAUAUUGAAAAAUUGAAAAGAAGAUUGGAAAAAUUGGAAAGCGAUGAUUGUAAUCGGGGAAUGUUUACGAAAAGGAUCACAGAGAUUGUGAACAAUAUUAGAAAGCAAAGAGAGGAAAUGGAUAAGGUAAACAAGGAUAUUCUCAGCCUGCACAAAGAAAUUCGCUGGCUUUCCCAAGCUGUUCAACGAACAUUUGGUGUUAUUGAAGAACAGCUAUACAGGGAAGCUAACCAAUCUUAUAAAGGUGAAAGAUCGUAUAAACUUUUCUCAAAAAUUCACGCGUGUUGUCAAAAAGCGAUGCAUUGUAUUGAGCGUUCUGGACAAUUAGCAAAAAAUGUGGAAGAAUUGACGGAUCAUGCUGAAAUCGGUCGACAGAGCACAGUGGAUACUCGUCUUUAUCAAGUUCUUACCGAUCUCGAGGCAGUUGAGGCUGAAAAAGAGCGAUUUAAAGAAAAAAUCAAAGAAAACGAUGCAAACGGUUUUAAAUGUGAUUGCGAACGAACGUUUUUCUCAUACACUGAGUUGCUCUAUUAUCGACAUCCCGACGAAGAGCAAAUCUAUGGCUUUGCU